AAUUCACCUUCCAACCAAACUUUUAAUCUCUCUCUCAUGGGGGACUGCUCUCCUGAGAGAAGAUCAGGGUGUGGCCUACUUGGCGCAGUCUUUGGAAGGCCAAGAAAAUCACCUUCUCCAACGCCUGUUCAAACACCCAAAGUCCAAAGGCCUAAUGUUAAAAUUGAUCCAUCUAAUGAUCAAACGCAGGGAGACAGAGUCAUUCCCCGUCCCGGCCCAAACUACAAGUCCCAGCCCGUCCGCCAGCACCAUCCGCCCCAGGCCGCGACUCCUCCUAGGAAUGUGGAGCCGGUGCAGGGGAGGAAGGUGCCUCUCCCCGGGAUGGGCCUUUCCGGGGAGCUGGACUCGAUGAUCAAGGAUCAUCAGAUGGUGAAGGGGGCUGGGAGUCUUGUGAGGGCGUCGUCAGGGAAUGUGAUGCUGCAUAGUAAUCUGGGGAAUCUGAGGCAGCCCAAUGAGGUUAUUGAGCAGAGAAGUUAUGCAAGGAGAAAUGAAGCGCCUCGAAAGGCCGCCAAGAAGAGCGAAAAGGGCGACGUGUUUUGUAGGGCUCUGUCGACACGGAUGGACCCAGAGGAGCUCAAGAUAUUAGGCAAUGAGCAUUACAAGAAUGGUGACUUUGCAGAGGCUCUGUCUCUCUAUGAAGCAGCAAUCUCCGUUGAUCCGAAUAAAGCAGCUUACCGGAGCAACAAGAGUGCCGCGCUCACGGCCAUGGGGAAGCUUCUAGAAGCUGCAUUGGAGUGCCGGGAAGCUAUCAGGAUUGAUCCGUUUUACCAACGAGCUCAUAAUAGAUUGGCAACGCUUUAUGUCAGAUUAGGAGAUCCUGAAAAAGGGUUGUACCAUUUCAAACAGGCCGGGCCUGAGGCCGAUCCUGAUGCGAUGAAUAGGGCUGCAAAGGUUCAGAGCCACUUGCACAAGUGCACCGAGGCAAAGAGGCAGCACGACUGGACCACGUUAUUCAAGGAAACCGCAUUGGCUACAAGCGCCGGUGCUGAUUCUGCUCCCUUGAUAUUUGCUUUGAAAGCCGAGGCGUUGCUAAAGCUGAACCGGCAUCAAGAAGCGGUCCAAGCCAUGGCGGACGGCCCAGAUUUAGACACCGAGGAGUGCACAAAGUUCUUCGGGCCUAUUGCAAGCGCAAGCCUAUUAGUGAUGCAAGCUCGAGUGGCCAUGGCAGAAGGGAGGUUCGACGAUGCUUGGGCUGCAGCGGAAGGGGCGUGUAGGCUCGACCCCAACAACAAAGAAGCAAGAAGUGCGACGAGGAGGGCACAGGCACUGAGCGCAGCGAGAUCAAAGGGGAACGAUCAUUUCAAGGCGGGACGAUACGAGGAGGCGCGUGGGGCGUAUGGAGAAGGGCUGGAGCAUGCCCCCAACAAUGCCUUGCUCCUAUGCAACAGAGCUGCUUGUGAAGCGAAACUCAACCACUACAACAAAGCGGUAGAGGAUUGCAACGCUGCACUCAGCAUUCGACCGGGUUAUACCAAAGCAAGACUAAGAAGAGCCGACUGUUACGCUAAGAUGAGAAACUGGGGAGCUUGUUUGCAAGAUUGUCAAGUGCUGGUAAGAGAGAAUCCCAACGACGGCGAGGCGGCCAAGCUGUUGGAUGAGGCCAAGUCGCGGCUCGAAUAGCAUUCAGACUCUUCUAUACCAUUUUCUUCAUAUAUGAAGUAGUAUAAACAGUCGGUGUUGUAUUUUUAUGUUUUUGUGUAAUGGCAUGCUUCAUACAAAUUUGAAAAGUAAA